AUGUCACUUGUUCAAGAAUAAACUCUAUUGCAAUCUCUACUUCAAACAGUUGAAUAAUAAAUUCCUGUCGAUAAAAAUUUAACUCCGUAUCAGUGGGUUAUAGAUAAAUUCAAAGAGGAGGAUUAUCAUGAAUAUGACAGUUAUCAAUCAAGAGAAAUCAUUGAAUUUGAGCAAAAUAUUGGGAAAAUGCAUUGCACUUCAUUUUUCUUCAAAAAAAAUCAAUUCAUGAUAGUGUAUGAUUUUGAAAGCACUGAUGGAAGAAAAACUAAAUUCGAGUUCAGGGAUAUAGAUUCUGGUAAAUUAGAUAGAGUCUACAUUCAUACAAUUAAAGCAAUUUCUUUCGUUUCUCACUAAGUUUUCAAUGAAAUAGACUAUAUUUGCAUACAGUAGGAUCAAAACUUAUACAUUUAUGACAUCAGAUAUUUAGAAAAUUUGGAAUAAUACUCUGUAAAAAUUGAACUUCAAUAAAAAUUCUCCUUCAAGUAAGUUUAGAUUCUUGAUGAAUUCUAUUUACUAUUUGUUGGUUUGGCUUAAAGAAUGAAUUCAAUUCUUCUCCUUGUCAGAUUAAAAGAUUCAAUUAAAUCAUAUCCAGCAAACAAAUAAGAUGUAUUUAUAGAAUUUGAUGAGGAGACUUUCUCAAAAUUCUAAGAAAGCAUACCUCCUAAUACUGGUGGACUUGUUAAGAUGUUAUAACCUGGUUUUAAUAAUUAGAUAUGCUUUAACUUCUAGAAACGAAAUUACGUGUUUGAUUACCAAACUACUAGUCUAGUCAAGGAUUUUGAAUCAACUAAAAUAAUUGCGAUAUAACAUGAAGAUUAAAAAUAUGCUAUCGAUUUCCUCCUCAACAUUUACAAAUUCGAUUAAGAAUAUGAGUUCACAAAGAUAAGGAAACUGUAUGAAAAUGAGGAUAGAAGCUUUCAAUUAUCAAGCGCUGAUUUUACUAGGGAUAGACUUAUUGUAAAGCUCAAGCAAGAUAGGCAAUCUAAAUAUAUCAUAAUAGUACAUUCCAGCAAAUAUCUCAAUGCUGUUAAAACUGUAAAAAGAGACAGUUCUAUUUUGGGUAGACCCUAAGAAUUCUUAUAAAUAGUUAAUAAUUUCCCUCAAACUGAAGUAUUUGAACUUCUACCUACAGAUACAAUUCUUUUUAAAGAUUUUGAUGGUAUUUACCUGAAUGGUGACAGAUUUAUCAAAGUAUAAAACAUUUUCAAAGAUGAAAAAAGCCAUGAUAAUAUUGAUUCGAAUAAUUGCUGUAUAAUGUCAGAUAGAAUUAACGGACCUAUCUAUAUUCUUUGGGUGCCACAUGAUACCAAGAUAGUAUAUUUGAAUAAGAAUACUUAAGAAAUAACCUCAUUAAUAUUGCCGCAUUACUUAUCAUUUUCAAAGAGGCUUUUUAGAGCUUGGAUUGAUUUUGAUUUGAAUUUGUUGAUUAUUAAUUCAGCUUCAUCUUCCAAAGUCUGUAUAAUACUCAAUCUUGCAACCUUGUUAGAAGAUGAUACUUUACAAUAUCACUGCGCUCACGGACCUCAUUUCUCAAUCUACUUUGAAGAGAACUUCCUUUAAGUUAGUAAUACUCAUUAAAUUAAUUUUAUGUUCUACAAAGAUAAAUAAAUCUGCAAGACUAUAAUAUACAAUUUUGACCAGAACGAAAAAUAUGAAUGUAGAGAUGGAUAUAGGGAAGAUUUCAAAAGCUACAAUUAGCCAUUAACUCAGUCACUCUACUUUUAAUAUGCCUCUAAAAUUGAAAUUGAUAGUAAUUAGAUACAUUUCUAUAUGAGAAAAGAAGUAAAACCAGUUGGGUACUUUAAUACUGUCAUUUUUCAUCAAGAUAUUGUAAAAUAUUAAAAGUUCAGCAAAUCAACGAUAGAGGAAGUACUUGAUUCGGUUAAGGAUGUAAGAGGCUAUAUUAACCACAUAUCAGGAUUCGGAAACUGCUUUAAUAUAUUCGAAAAUAACUUCAUUGCACUGGAAAGUAUUUUGAAAUAGCUUGGAUUUUAAGAUAAAGAGAGCCUUCCAAUAUUAAUUGCUCCUCCAAUGUAUGGAAACAAAACCCCUCUAGAUAUUGCCAUUUUAAACAGACAAUAGAAAAUCAUCAAUUUGAUGAUGAGUACUCUUACUAAAUACUAAGAUCAUAUAUUAUUCAAUGAGAUUGUGGAUAAAAAUAUUUGCAAUCUUAUUAAAGAACAGAUAGAUUUACAGGAAUAUUUUGAAUCAAGUAUGCCUAUCUAUCAAAUCUUCGACUCUAAAUUCCCUACCUAACAUUCUGAUGAGUCUGAAUUAAUACUUGGAAUAAGUUUAGAAAAUCCAAAGGAUAUUCAUGAUUAGUAUGAUAAACUAUUCGAAGGAAAACUCGAAAAUGGAAGUGGAGCCAAUGUCUCAAUUGAGUACUUCUUAAUAAAUUUGCCUGAAACAAUCAAGGGUUAGUCGACUGAUUUCAUGAAAACUCUUAACGAAACUACAAAACUUGAAUAUUUUGAACAUGAGACAAUUUAGCAUAUCAUCAAUUUUAAAUGGGAUACCUACACAAAAUCAUUUUACAAGUUUAAGUUCUAUAUUUACAUUCUCUUUUUGGCCUCAUUUAUUUUCGAGACUCUUUACCAAACUUAUUUUGGAAUGCUCUAGUAUUAAUCUGAAGAAAAGGCUAAGAUAUAAGAUACUAGACAAGAUUGGGCAAUUAUAGUUAGCAAAAGUAUAAGUUCAAUAGUUUUACUUUACUUUAUUGGUUAUGAAAUGGCUUAAAUUAGAAAUCAGAAGUUUGAAUACUUUAAAGAAACUUGGAACAUGUUUGACUUUUCUCAUUUCCUUUCAUAUAUUGUUCUUAGCAUAUUUGAAUUUUAGGAUAUAGACAAGGAGAUUCUUAUCAUAACUUACAUAGUUGUAAUUACUUUAUCAUUUAUGAAACUUUUCUUUUUCCUAAGAGUAUAUGAUGCUUUCAGUUUCUUGGUGUCUAUGAUUGCAGGGAACUUCAACAGGGGAUUUCUAUGUUGA